AUGUUGCAAACCGUUAUUUCCAUUCUAUGCUUCCUGCUAUAUGCAGUGAACGCCAUUCCGACGGCUCCGCAGUCGAGCACAUCCGAGGGGAUUGACACCCGUUCUUUUUCCAAUACCACCGAAUAUCCUCUUCCCAACCUGGGCAAUAUUGCCGCCCAUGACCCUAAUAUUGUUCAAUACGACGGCUAUUUCUAUCUGUUCAAAGGCGGCGUGCAUAUCCCGAUUCACAAAUCCCGCACCCUCGAUGGCCCAUGGGAACAAGUCGGAACCGUCCUCAACGAGUCCAGUGUGAUCGAGAAACAGAACCGCACUCGCCCUUGGGCCCCGACGACGGUCGAAUGGCAAAACCGUUUCUACUGCUUCUAUGCGAUCAGCCAGUCCGGCAGUCGCGACAGCGCUAUUGGAGUUGCCUCCUCUGACACUCCCGUAGGCGGGAAUUGGACGGACCAUGGCGCGGUGGUCAACACCGGACAGGGUGACUUGUCUGACAUUUAUCCCUACACGGUUUCCAACGCGAUUGAUGGCGCCUUCAUCAAGGAUCAGAAGACUGGAGAGCCCCGUCUGCUCUACGGCAGUUACUGGCAUGGCAUCUUCUCGGUGCCGCUGGGCGAUGGCCUCCUUUCGAUCAAAACUCCGAAGAAGCCGGAGGCCACCAACCUGGCAUACAUCCCAACCGCCAAAACCAAGCCAAUCGAGGGUUCCUUUAUGACCUACAAGGAGCCGUAUUACUAUCUUUGGUUCAGUCAUGGCAAAUGCUGCCAGUUCAAUGUCCACGCCUUUCCACCCAUGGGAGACGAAUACAGCAUCCGGGUCGGCCGAUCUACCAAUGUGACAGGCCCUUUUGUGGACAAGGAUGGACACGAAACCCUGCAAGGAGGCGGCACCAUCGUCUACGGAUCGAACCACGGGGUUGUCUACGCCCCAGGUGGUGUUGGUGUGUUGUCUGGCAGUGGCAGCCAGGCAGAUGUACUAUACUUUCAUUACCUCAACACUUCAAUCGGCUUCGCGCAAGGAGAUGCUCGUCUGGGAUGGAACUAUCUGCACUAUGUAGAUGGAUGGCCAGUGGCUAUCGAGGGGUAUGUUCAGGCCAACGGCAGUGACGCGCAGAACUUCAGGAACUAA